CUUGAAACGUCAAAAUGUAUGUCAAAUAAAUGUAAUAUAAAUAAAAUUAUUUUAAAAUUUAAAUGUAUUUUGUCAUGUUUGCUGUUCAGUUUCUUCCCGUUUUAAAAACGAUUUCGUAUCCUGUGUCCACGUAAAAAAUGUUAAAGUUUAGUUCGAAGCAUGACAGUAAUAUCGUUUAUAAAUGUACAGUUCGUUUGCUAGAAGACACUGAGAUCCUUGAAUGUGAAUAUAGGCCCCAUGAUAAGGGUAAACAACUUCUGGAGUAUGUUUGCCAGCAACUGAGCCUUGUGGAACAAGACUAUUUAGGACUCCGAUAUGUGGACAACCAUGGUCAGAGACACUGGCUGGACCUGGGGAAAUCCAUACUUAAACAGGUGAAGGACUUGGACCCGGUCCUCUUUAGUUUUAGAGUUAAAUUUUACCCUCCUGAUCCGUUUAGGCUUAAAGAAGAAAUCACUAGGUAUCAAAUAUUUCUUCAAUUAAAAAGGGAUUUGUUGCAUGGAAGGCUUUAUUGUGGGUCAAAUGAAGCGGCUAUGUUGAUGGCUUUAAUUCUGCAAGGGGAAUUAGGAGAUUAUGAUCCAGAAACUCAUGUAGGUCACUAUGCGGGUGACCUAAAGGUUCUCUUAAAGCAAACUCAAGUAAUAGAAGAAAAAGCAAUGGACAUCCACCAAAAGCAACUAAAAGGUCAGGACCAGGCCCAAAUAGAAACCAGUUUCUUGAAAAUGGCUUGUCAACUUGACACUUAUGGUGUGGAUCCCCAUCCAGUAAAAGGCUUAUUACAGGACCAUAAGGGCACCCAACUUUAUUUGGGAAUCAACUAUAGUGGCAUAUUAACUUUCCAGGGCAGUAGAAAGACUCAUCAUUUUAGGUGGCCUGAUGUACAUAAGAUUAAUUAUGAGGGCAAAAUGUUUAUUAUUCAUUUAAAUUAUAAUGAUAAAAAACACACUGUGGGGUUCAAGUGUCCAACAGGGGCUGCUUGCAGGCAUAUAUGGAGAUGUGCUAUGGAGCAAAUGCUGUUUUUCACUUUACCAACUAGCUCGGAUGCGCCCUCUGUAGUCUCUGGUGGUGGAUUUUUCUCUUGGGGAACCAAAUUCAAAUACACUGGCAGAACUGAGAGGGAGAUACUCGAGGAUACCGGGUCUCCUAGCAGAAAGGAACCUACAGUUCAAAGGUCUUCUAGUAUGAGGAGGAAAGCUUCAAGUGUACCUGCUACACCAUCCACCCCUUUACAGCCACAUUUAGGUUAUAGUAGUUUGCCUCGUUCGAGCCAUUCGGAUGUGGGAGGGUCACGCAUAGAAUGUAGUAAUAGCACUGGUUUGCUCUCUGGGCUGGAUAGUAAUCCUGGUCAGGGCUAUAGUGAUGUAAAUGCCUUAGAAACCGUCUGUGAGGAUCAAGAAGCAAUAAAUUUGAAAAAAUUACGCUCUACAGAUUACUGUGUCUUAAAAUAUAAAGACGACUCUAUAGAUCGAUUUAGCGACUACUAUUUUCGCGAUUCCUUUGAGCAUUCUUCAUCGGAAUCACAAUUGAUCGAUAAUAGUUAUCGAUACGACACGACGAAUCCCAGUCACAGAUCGAGCCGUAGCCAGACUCCAUUGUCCCAUUCGCAAGUGGAUGGACGCGUUCCAGGCCCUGCUCCCGCCAACUUUCAAAAUCAGCAUCAGAAAAGUAAAAAGUUCAACGUAAUCGGUGCCUUUUUGCCAGCAUUCUUGGCUGUUACCUUAUUUAUAAUUGUUGCUUUUGUAGUGUUGUUAGAAACUGAUAGUAUAGGGAACCUUCCGGAGAUGGUCGCGAUUCGGUACCAUAUCUAUGAGCCUGUUAAAUCACUUAUUCGAAAAUUGCCAUUUUUUUAGUAAUUACUGUCUAGGUCGAUCCGAGUUUUGUAGGUUCAAGUCUAUUGUUGAUUGUUUGACUCACAUUCACUUUCAGCAACAAAUUGACUCAGUAUGAAAACCAUUCUAAAGCAAUAAGAUACGUACGUAUUUAAGCGAGAUAAGCGCUAAUUUGAAUAGCUGGACUGUAUUUUAUCUUUUAAGCUUUUUGUGGUGUUUAAAACAUAAUAGAAUUUUUAUGGGUGGACAUUUAAGAUUGAAGGAUAAAAAUUGAAACUAAAUACAUUUGCUUCACAAAUUUAGCCUCUAGAAGCAAUAUGUUUUAGCAGUUUGUUUUAUGAAAUGUUUAGUUUCGAUUAAUGUUGUCAUUCAAGAUUUAUUUUGUCACCCAUUUUCAAAACUAAAAUUACUUUUUUCUUUCUACACAUUAUCAGGAUUUUAUUGGGAAUAAUACACUAGCUUUGAAUUUCCUUUGGUAUUUAUUGCUUGUUAUUUAAAUUAACAUUAUAGAAUAAAUCCAGUUUUUUUGUGCUUAGAUUCUGUUGUAAUAUUAACAAUAACCGGCUUGAAGUGGAUAAAGUAGUUUUUCGAAAAUCGUAGGGUAGUAAGGAUCUGAAGUUUUUUAGGCUUAUGUGUAGAUAAUUAUGCACAAUCGUCAUCGAAGUAGUUUAUUUUAUUAUAUGUUUUAUUUUAAUUGAAAAUUCCGACCUGUAUAAUACUUAUCUGCGAUUAUUGACACAGUGUGAUCAUCCAUAAAUCUACUAAAAAACAAAACAUUCCAGAAUUGCAUGAAAGUAGUUUUAUGGAUAUUUAUUUUAUUGUUGUACGUACUUAUUAUUUAUUAUCCCAGUGCACUUCGCAAUCUUAACAAAAAAUUAAGUAAUAGGCUAUUUAACCAACAAUAAUUGUUCUAAUUAUAGUUGUGUGGAAUCUCAAAAAUUAUUUAUUUAUUCAUGUUAUACCUGGAAAAAAGAGUAAAUAUGUCAAAUUUUUUGUCAAACCUUGUUGGUUAAAUUUGCCAUAAGAGGCAGUUAAAGUAGCAAGAAUUAGUCCGUUUUGUCUCUUAAAAUAAAUCUGUGAUCUUUUUUCCAAUCUGCUGCUUUAGUCUUAGAUUUAAAAAAUAAAUUGAAAGGCAGUUUAUCAAAAAAAAAAUCGACAAACGCUUAUUACAUUCCUUUGUUGUUUUUAUUUAAUUUUAUUUAUUCGCACAAUAAAUAUAAUAUAUUUGUAAUUAUUUGUGGGGCCAUAUUGUACUCCGUAAGAUAUUUUUCUUCCACAUUUUUAUAUAUUUAUUUUAUAUAUCGGUAAAAGAGGCAGAGUAUAUUGAAAGAUUAUAAGCUUAAAACAAUGGGGAAGGCGUUAUAUCUUAUGGUGUUAAACUUUUUCUUAAAGGGUUUUAACAUGGAUUGCAAUAAUUGUAAUUUAUGUUAGAGCUCUUCUGAUGUUAUUGUUUGUCACAAACCUAAUUUAAGCAUUUUAGAUACGUUUUUUGUAAUAAUUUUCUACAAAUAAAAACUUUUGCCAAAUACAAAUCUAAGUCAAUUA